ACCCGUACCCUCUCAAUAUUUGUCAAGGACUGUGGUUGAAAGCUGAUCGUUAUUGUGGGCGUUGCUGUUUGCCAGUUGCCCAUUGGACGCAGAUUACACAACAACCAUUAUACACUUGGAGACUUUCUCACCCUGUGGAUGUCACACUCGGCCUUUCGUUCGUGACACCCGCGACCAGGAUCUACAUUCACAUGUACCUGUACGAUGCGAGACACGUCAUGCACGUACAUGUACACACACAGUUAAGGGCGCGCGCAUGCACGUAGACCUGUCCAAGGAAACAAAGAAUUGGAAGCUGAAAUAUGGCGUUACAACUGAAUGCGGUAGACAUCGUUGUUAUAUGCGUGUAUUUUCUGUUUGUCCUUCUGAUUGGACUAUGGGCGUCUUUCCAAUCUUCCCGUGGGACACUGAAGGGGUACUUCUUAGCCGGAAAGAGCAUGGUAUGGUGGCCUAUAGGAGCAUCCUUGUUUGCCAGCAACAUCGGCAGUGGACAUUUCAUCGGCCUGGCAGGUACGGGGGCCGCGUCUGGACUUGCUGUAGGCUCCUUUGAAUUUAACGCCAUGUUUAUUUUGCUGCUCCUGGGCUGGAUAUUUGUGCCUGUUUACAUGUCCUCUGGGGUCUUUACCAUGCCUGAAUAUCUACGAAAACGUUUCGGCGGGCAGCGUGUUCGUGUAUACCUCGCCUGCCUAGCUCUGCUUCUCUCGGUAUUGACCAAAAUAUCGGUUGAUAUGUAUGCAGGGGCUCUGUUUAUUCAGGAAUCUCUACAGUGGAAUUUGUACGUUGCCAUCGUGUCGCUUCUGGCUAUUACAGCUCUCUACACUGUCGCUGGUGGUUUAUCCGCUGUUAUUUACACGGACGCAUUGCAGACUUUUGUCAUGGUCGUUGGUGCCUUCGUUCUCAUGAUUCUGAGCUUCCAACGGGUGUCUUGGGAUGAGCUACAUAUCAGAUACCCUCAAGCUAUCCCGAAUACUACCUUGGCUAAUCCUAACACCACUUGCGGCUUUCCACGAGAAGAUGCGUUUCAUAUCUUCAGAGACCCGAUAAACUCAGAUCUGCCUUGGCCAGGAAUGAUCUUUGGUAUUACCAUCUCAUCUAUCUGGUACUGGUGUACCGAUCAGGUGAUUGUUCAGCGUGCACUGGCUGCAAAGUCUAUUUCCCACGCUAAGGGGGGCACCAUUUUUGCUGGUUUUUUGAAAACUCUGCCGAUGUUCCUUAUUGUUCUACCUGGCAUGAUAAGCCGUGUACUCUUUCCCAAUGAGGUAGCAUGUGCCACUAAGGAGACUUGCCUAGAGGUAUGCGGCAGCGAGGUCGGAUGCUCCAAUACAGCAUUCCCCAGACUUGUCUUGGACGUUAUGCCGCAAGGUGCACGUGGCUUGAUGCUGGCUGUUAUGCUGAGCGCCCUCAUGAGUUCACUUACGUCUAUUUUCAACAGCAGCAGUACAAUUUUUACAAUAGACAUCUGGCGGCGAAUAAGACCACGUGCCAGUGAAACAGAACUAAUGAUCUGUGGACGUGUCUUUAUUCUUGUGAUGGUCGGAAUCAGCGUUCUUUGGAUUCCUAUAAUCCAAGCUGCACAGGGAGGUCGCCUUUUUGACUACAUACAAUCUAUUACAAGCUACUUGUCACCUCCCAUCUGUGCUGUGUUCAUCCUUGCAGUUGCCUGGUCUAGAAUAAAUGAAAAGGGGGCAUUUGCUGCACUGAUGGUUGGGCUUGUUGUUGGCAUGGUUCGUAUGGUGCUUGACUUUGUCUAUUCGGCUCCCAGCUGUGGCGAGGAAGACACCAGGCCAGGAAUUGUGGCAGAUGUCCACUAUCUAUAUUUUGGGAUAAUUUUAUUCGGCAUUUCCUUCAUUGUGACCAUCGUUGUUAGUUUGCUCACCAAACCUAUCCCAGAGAAAUAUCUGGUUCGACUGACUUGGUUGACUCGCCACAGUAAUCUAGAAAGAGUUGACCUAGCAAUCUCGGACAUAAAACUUCAGAAUAAGGAAGAGAACACACCUAUGCGUGGCGAGGAUGAGGAGGAGGGAUAUAACAAGGAAGAGUCGAAACCUCCGAUUGGGCGACGUGUGGUUGAUUGGUUGUGCGGCACAGGAAAACAAGACAAAAGUGAUGGUCUGACAGAGGAGCAGAGGAAAGAAUUGAUGAAGAAGAUGACCGACAUUAAGGAGACACGUAAGGAGACUAUAAUACUUAAUAUCGCUGCUAUAUUACUCAUGUGCUGUAGUAUCUUUUUCUGGGCCUUCUUCGGCUGAGAAUCGGUUUGAAUUGAUGGAAAUAACUUUUCACACAUACGGUAACAGACUCGCUGACUUGACCCAUUCAAGUCAAAUUGUUAAAUGUAAAUCAUACUACUAUUUUAUUUGAUUUUAGUUGGGUAAUCAUAUAACGUGAUUGUAUCAAUUUGUUAGUGGCGGUAUUGAAAGGUUAGGGUUAAGGUUUUGUAGGAUUUCACUUUUAUGUAAGUGUGUUAUAUUUUAAUUAUUGUCUGGACAAACAGUGUUCAGUUAAGUUUACAAAUGAAAGUAAAACAUUUUUAGUGUCACAUUUCUGUUUUCGUUGGGCAAGGGGUUACACUAAAUUGAAACAGAACCAUUGAGAAAGUACCCAAUGAGGGGAUUAAGAGAAUAUGAGACAAAUAGGUGUGCUCAUUAGUUGUCUGCAGGGGUUUUGCUAGAUUGUGUUUUAUAUCAAUUGCAAAUUGAAUACGUUACCAAUUUAAGAAUGCUCUGUAUUGUAGAGAAAUAGGGAAAGGGUGGGCCUAUUUUGACGACAUUAUCACAUUACAAAUAUCAUAAACCCAGGACCGGUAAAUAUUCUGAUUUGUGUUUUGGCGUAACGCCUUGUGAUGAUAUAGUGUAAUAGCCUAGUUAUGAUUGGCUCUUUACAAAAUUGAAAACAGGGAAAUCUGCCUAAAAUGCGCAGUCGAGUCAGCUUUGCUAAAUUGAAUGACGGUUGUGCGUCACGAAAAUGAACGACGGUAUCCUAAAUUGAGCACACUGCUAGAGGAAUCCGAAUGACUCAAAAUGAAAUUGAAGGCCUGAAUUCUGAAUUUGAAACAGUAGAAACUUGGGUGGAAAUGGCUUCAAUUAGAACGCUUGAAACUGAAAAUAGUUGCUAUAUUGUUAUCACAGACAAAGGUGUUUAAAUUUUGUAUCAUAAAUAUAAAUUAUCUAUGGUAUCUACAAUGCAGUUAACAACUUAUUGCUUCAAGUUGUCUACGUUACAUUAUUUACUUCAACUUGAAUAAAACAGUGAAGGAAAAGAAUAGUGGAAAAUACACUCAGAUGAGAACUUAAUAGCGCCUAUUAAAUCACAGUUCCUGAUUCUAGAUGUGGCGCUUUGACCACUUUUAUCCCAAAGGAUCUACGGGGUUAAUGAUAGCUUGUGAAUCGAUGUACAUGUACAAUACACUGUGACUUGAAGACUAUUACGCUUACCUGUCAUAUGGUACAAAAGUGCAGAAACGAAUUUGUGUCAUUGUGUACCUUUACCUUAGAACUGGCUUUCCACUUAGUUAUUAUUGGUAAAAAACUUAACACUUCAAGGACUGACAUUGUAAUAUAGCUUAGCGUAUGAACCUGAGGGUUUCGUCAAGUUUCUUCGCAUUGCUUAAGCUAGCAACUGUGAUUAUAUUAUUUAUGUUUAGUUGCAUUGUGAUGAUUUAGUCUAUUUUUUUUGGCUUUUUGCCAACGGCUUUCUGAAAUUGAAUCUUAAUGAUGAUUUUGAUUUCUCUGCAUAAAUGAAUAUAAACAUUGUAAAAUAUAUAUGUUGAAAAUUACUUGGAUGUAUACAGUCUAACAAUGAAUUGUUUCUAUCAUGGCCUUGAAGUUAGCGUUGUAGUGGACAAUUACCACUUAGAAACAACUUUUCAAGGUGGUUGGGGAAAAUGUAUCUUUUAUUGAAGGAGUAAACUAUACUUUCAAUCGAGUGA